AUGUCAGUGGCAGGACUAGGACUGCAGAGGCAGCCGGCCCCGGGGACCGGCGGCCCAGAUCCCCUGCAUCCUCACACGCUGGCCGUCCACCGCACCGGCCGGGAGUCCAAGUGGGUCAGCGCACUGAGGAAUCAGCACUCGCCAGAAAACGCUGCUCGCGAGAGAAGUCGUGUACGCAGUCUGCGGCAGGCCUUCCACAGCUUACAGGCAGCUUUACCUUCAGUCCCGCGAGACACCAAGCUCUCCAAGCUGGAUGUUCUGGUUCUGGCUACUAACUACAUAGCUUACCUGACAGAGAUCCUGGACCAGGGGGGGAGCGUGGCUGAGCAGAUUCUACCCUCCAGGCCCGGUGGAUACCUGCAUCCUGUUAAGAAGUGGCCCAUGCGUUCACUGCUCUACUGUGGAAACGUGGGAGAUGUUCUGUCAGCCAGUCACAGGCCUCCGCCGGGAUGGAACGAGAGACGCACCCUGACCCCUCCAGCAGCAGCAGACGACAAGUGAGAGGAGAACCGGUGACUUAACUCUCAGCCCUGUCCUGAUCUCCAGUGCGACGCCACGUCACUGCUGAUGGCAGCGGACAUUUCACAGAGUGUGAGAUUCAUAACACGGCUUUAUAAAUGGCUGGUGCACAGUUACUGAAGUUACUGAAGUUACACAUUUCUGGCAAAGCUAUUGUCUUAAUAUUAUGGGUUGUAAUUAACACAAUGAUUUGUAUUUAUUUUUUAAAAAUCCACAAAUGCUUGUGCUCUUAGUAACCUACAUUUCCAAGUUAAAAGACAAAAUGAUCUAAAUAUUAUCGUAGCCAUUAUUUGAUGGUUACUUGAGUUAGUUAAUGGGAUUUAAAAGACAAUAGGCAUUUUUACUGUACUUAGUAGAGAUAAACAUGCAUACAUGCACAGAUUCAUGUACAUUGGUUAAAGCACUCAUACACAGAGUCAAAUUAAUUUAACAUACUGUAUAUGCUUGCUGAGUAUGAUUCAUCUUUAUCUAAGCAAUAGAUAGCAAGCUGUCAGGGGGGAUUUAAUAUGAGGAAAUAAAAACGCUGCUUGACUAAUUAUACCACAAAUCACAACAUGAGGGAACAGUGUGUAACCUAUUACUUUGAUUUAAAACAUUUAAAGUCAUUUUCUCUCUUUUUUUUAAGUUAUGUUCACAA